UCGGGAUUUCGAUCAAUCGCUUCUACAACUUCUACUGAGAGUAACGUCGGUGUGUUCAGAAAAAGCUUAGAAAAAUGCCUGAUUACUUAGGAGACGACAUGCGAAAGCCAAAAAAGGAGGAAAAAGAGGAAAAAGAAGAGGACAUUAAAGUUCUCGAUGAAGGAGACAUCGCACUACUCAAAACAUAUGGUGCUGGACAGUACAGCAAGACCAUCAAACAGGCUGAGGACGACAUCCAAGCCAUUCUCAAGCGUGUCAAUGAGCUUACUGGCAUCAAGGAGUCUGACACUGGCCUGGCCCCACCAGCGCUCUGGGACUUGGCAGCUGACAAACAGACGCUCCAGAAUGAGCAACCACUUCAGGUUGCCCGUUGCACCAAGAUAAUCAACGCGGACAGCGACGACCCCAAGUACAUCAUCAACGUCAAGCAGUUUGCAAAGUUUGUGGUGGACCUCGCCGACUCGGUGGCGCCAACUGACAUCGAGGAAGGCAUGAGGGUCGGGGUGGACCGCAACAAGUACCAGAUCCACAUCCCCCUGCCGCCCAAGAUCGACCCCACAGUGACCAUGAUGCAGGUGGAGGAGAAGCCCGACGUGACCUACACAGACGUGGGCGGCUGCAAGGAGCAGAUUGAGAAGCUCAGGGAGGUCGUCGAGACCCCCCUGCUGCACCCGGAGCGCUUUGUGGACCUGGGCAUUGAGCCCCCGAAGGGGGUGCUGCUCUUCGGCCCCCCCGGCACGGGCAAGACACUGUGCGCCCGGGCGGUGGCCAACCGGACGGACGCCUGCUUCAUCCGGGUCAUUGGCUCGGAGCUGGUCCAAAAGUAUGUCGGAGAGGGAGCACGAAUGGUGAGAGAGCUUUUUGAAAUGGCACGAAGCAAGAAAGCCUGCCUCAUCUUCUUCGACGAAAUCGACGCCAUUGGCGGGGCCCGCUUCGACGACGGGGCGGGCGGGGACAACGAGGUGCAGCGCACGAUGCUGGAGCUGAUCAACCAGCUGGACGGCUUCGAUCCCCGGGGCAACAUCAAGGUGCUGAUGGCCACCAACAGGCCGGACAUUUUGGACCCCGCACUCAUGCGGCCGGGCAGGCUCGACCGCAAGGUCGAGUUCGGACUGCCGGACCUCGAGGGAAGGACUCACAUCUUCAAGAUUCACGCGCGCUCCAUGAGCGUCGAAAGAGACAUCCGGUUCGAACUCCUCGCUCGACUCUGUCCCAACAGUACAGGAGCGGAGAUUCGCAGUGUGUGCACCGAAGCGGGCAUGUUUGCCAUCCGAGCACGGCGCAAGAUUGCCACGGAGAAGGACUUCCUGGAGGCCAUCAACAAGGUGAUCAAGUCGUACGCAAAGUUCAGCGCCACCCCACGCUACAUGACCUACAACUGAGCCCUCGGUCGUCCGCCGCCUCCGAGGAUUUGUGCGGGGUACUGGCAACAAUAAAAUCUGUUUCCAUCGUC